GCGUGCGACACUCAGUGAAAUGGACGGAAACCGACUUCCGGUCCCUCGCCCUGAAAUCGAAAGCCGAUACUUCUGUGUUACUUAGUAAGAAAUCCUCGCCUCUCCACAAUUAUAUUGUCUGCAAUCCUGUGCCAUUAAUUUUAAUUAAUCAGCGGGCUCGGUCCAUUCGUCAGUGCUACAUAAGAGGAGACAUCGAGUUCAAUCCAUGGAAAAUCUCUCCGAAUCUUCACCAUGUCAGACGAACAAGUAUUAAUCGCACAGUUGAAUCAGGCGCUAUUGGGAGUCUUCGGGCACGGUAUCCAUACUUGCGUUGUGAUAGUGGCUUUGUGCGCUACAUUCUUGAGUAAACAACGCCGACUCAAAAAACGACACAUCAUGGUUUCCCUUAUCAUGUGCUUGUAUAUCUUUGCUACAAUUUAUGUGGCCUCAGACUGGGUUUACACUAUCUACUACUCUAUCGGGAAAGGAAAAGAAAACUCUGGCUUUGUUCCCAACCUAUACCAUUCGUCAGCAGUCGGGUUGGGUAUAAAUACUGGCAUUGCUGACGGUAUCACGAUCUGGCGCUGUUGGAUUAUCUGGGGCCGCCGUUGGUCAUUUGUUAUACCACCAAUACUACUUUUUCUGGCUGGAGGAGUCUGUGGCUGCUUCGCAUUCCAAAGAGGCUUAGACGAUGUCGGUACCGCUCCCGGGACAUCGCUAGAAAUCUUCUGGAUGACGGUGUUCCUUUCCUUCUCCUUAGGAACCACGCUUUGGUGCACCACACUCAUAAUCUAUCGUAUCCUGACAGUCAAGAAGUAUACAGACGACAGGAUGGGUACAUACGUUUACUGCCGAAUCAUCGAGAUUCUAGUUGAAUCCGCCUCGCUUCAUGCCAUUGGCUUAAUAGGAUGCAUGGUAUUACUCAACCUUAACGCCGUUACAUCUUUUUACCCGCUGAGUCUCUACAUCACAAUAACUGCGAUCUCACCUACGCUUAUCGUGGCACGCGUAGCAUCGGGGAAUGCACGUCCUGAUGACAGUUGGCAAGCAAGCAACGGCGCUUCUUCCUUACGAUUUGGGUCUGCAGCUCACUCGACAAGCAUGAAUCCCGAUAGCGAGUUAUCUGCCGAUAUUGACUUGGAACAUGAUGGAUCAGAGACGACUGAUAGUUGCGAGCCCGAGGGCGAUGUGGAUAUCGAAAAGGGAGCUGAUGCGCCGGAGAACAGGAGAACGGAGGCUGCUUCAGAUCUGUGACCGUGGUGGAUAGGGUCCUUGUUUUAGGCACCUAGUGGACGCGAUCGCCGUGUCAUGGAUUACUUGUUGAUACAAGGUUUCCAAUAAUUCGUUUUAUGUUGAAGGUCGCCUUUCCUAUUCUAUAAAGCUACGUUAAUUAUCACCUAAUGCCUAUGUCGCUGUGUUGUCAUGCAGUAAUUAUAU